AUGUCUUCCGUCAACCUCGGCACCGUCUUCAAGGGCUCGCAGUCCGGCAAGGUCGUCAAGGCCCAGGGCACCGACCGCACCAUCAACCCGCGCGAUGUCGUCAUCGACAUCACACACUCUGGUCUCUGCUACACCGACAUUCACUACCUCAAGAAGGACAUGGUCCUCGGCCACGAAGGUGUCGGUGUCGUCUCGCAAGUCGGCCCCGAGGUCAAGGACUUCAAAAAGGGCGACCGCGUCGGCUGGGGAUACAAUCACGGCUCGUGCGGUACCUGCAAGUUCUGCAAGAAGGGCCGCGACACCAACUGCUACAAGAACCGCAUGUACGCCAGCGCCGAUCUCGACCAGGCUUCGUUCGGUGACAAGUUUGUCAUCACCGAAGAGUUCUGCCACCUCAUCCCUGAAGGUCUCGAGCUGAAGCACGCUGCCCCCUUGCAGUGCGGCGGUGCGACCGUGUUUGGUGCCAUGCACCAGUGUGGCGUCUCCUCCGAGGACCGUGUCGGUGUGAUUGGUAUCGGUGGUCUCGGACACCUUGCCAUUCAGUUCCUCAACAAGAUGGGUUGCGAGGUCGUCGUCUUUUCCGGUUCCGAGAACAAGAAGGACGAGGCCCUCAAGCUCGGCGCGCACGAGUUUGUCGCUGCCAAGAACAACCCCAAGUUCGAGGGUGUCAAGCCCGUGGACUUCCUCAUCGUCACCACCAGCGCUCAGCCCGACUGGAAGGCGUACCUUAGGGUGCUCGAGAAGGACGCUACCAUCAUCCCGCUCUCGGUCGACGAGGGCAACUUUGAGUUCCCUUACAUGCCCAUCAUUGGCAAGCAGCUCAAGAUUCAGGGUUCGCUGGUUGCGACCCGCGACGUGCACGCCAAGAUGCUGCAGUUCGCCGCUCGUCACGGCAUCAAGCCCAUGAUUGAGGAGGUGCCCAUGACCGAGGAGGGCAUCAACAGCGCCGUCGAGCGAUUGAAGAAGGGCGACGUUCGUUACCGAUUUGUCGCCGUCUCGCAGACCAACAAGCCCAGCUCGGCCAACCUCUGA